GUUUUAUAUCCCCAUAUGUACACUAACGAUAAUCAACAAUACAUAAACUCUCUCUCUCUCUCUCUCUCUCUCUCUCUCUGUAUUUUCACAUCCUUUGAGAGAAGGAAUGUUCUACAUGUAACAGUUCAACAAUCAUAUGUUUACAGAUACGUAUAAUCACACACACAUACACACAAUAUACACACACAAAAGCUUCAAACGAAGUAAGUACUUCAUUGUGAAUUCAAAGCUUUUGCUAUUCGCCGACUUGAAGAUCUUCGUAUUUCACCUGAUUUGGAUAUUGUGAAGGUGAUCUGCUACGAGGAGAAUUAAGAGUGAUUAAAGCAUGACUUGUUGAAGAUUAAGAAGAGUUAAUUGAGAAAGAUAAGAGAGGAUGAAGAGGUCUAGAGAUGAUGUGUACAUGAGUUCUCAGCUCAAACGCCCCAUCGUCUCUUCUCGCGCCGAACCCUCUGGGCACUCUGGGCUACCCCAGAUGACGGGUGGGAGCAGCACACAGAAACUAACAACAAGUGAUGCCCUAUCGUAUCUAAAAUCAGUCAAGGACAUAUUUCAAGAUAAAAGGGAGAAAUAUGAUGAGUUUCUUGAAGUCAUGAAGGCUUUCAAGGCUCAAAGAGUUGACACAACUGGUGUUAUAGCAAGGGUGAAGGAAUUAUUUAAAGGGCAUCGGAACCUAAUUUUGGGUUUCAAUACCUUUUUGCCGAAGGGAUACGAGAUUAUCCUGCCCCCGGAUGAACCACUUCCGGUGAAGAAGCCUGUGGAAUUUGAAGAAGCAAUCAAUUUUGUGAACAAAAUCAAGAUGAGAUUUCAAGGUGAUGACCGUGUGUACAAAUCUUUUCUUGACAUUUUGAAUAUGUACAGAAAAGAAAACAAAUCCAUUGAUGAGGUCCACCGGGAGGUUGCUGCUCUUUUCCGUGAGAAUGCAGACCUUCUUGUGGAGUUCACUCAUUUUCUACCUGAUGCUUCGGCAGCAGUCUCUGUUCAUUAUGCUCCAUCUGGUAGGAAUCCUACAUUGGGUCGUGAUGAUAGGGGUUCACCCAUGACCAUGAUGAGGCCUAUGCAUGUUGACAAGAAGGUUACUGCUUCACAUGCUGACCGUGACCUCAGUGUUGACCGGCCAGAUCCAGACCAUCAUAAAACACUAAUGAGAGCUGACAAAGAGCAGCGGAGGCGUGGUGAGAAAGAAAAAGAAAGAAGAGAAGACAAAGACCCUACAGAACGAGAGCGGGACAAUAGAGACUUUGAUCAAGAUCGUCCUCUCCACAAAAGAAAAUCGGCUCGUAGGGAAGACUCUGUUGAUGACCAAUUUCGCCAAGGUGGGGAAGGCACCGAAAACUUUGGAACGACACCUGGCUCAUCUGCUUGUGAUGAUAAAAGUGCCUUCAAAAGUAUGCAUGACCAAGAGUUUGCUUUUUGUGAGAAGGUGAAGGAGAGAAUACGUGAUCCUGAUGAUUACCAAGAAUUUUUGAAGUGCCUUCAUAUCUACGGCAGAGAAAUAAUUACGCGAUCACAAUUGCAAUCACUGGUGGGUGAUCUACUUGGGCGAUAUCCAGACCUCAUGGAAAAGUUCAACGAAUUUUUGGAUCGAUGUGAGAAGAUAGAUGGUUGUCUUGCUGGUGUUGUGAGCAAAAGAUCCUUGUGGAACGAUGGCCAUUUACCCAAAUCAGUGAAGCUAGAGGAUAGGGGUAGAAAUCGAGAUCAUGAGAGGGAAGACAGAGAUAAAGACCAUGACGACAGAGAAAGGAAUAGAUCUGACAGAGGUUUUGGGAGUAAAGAUAUAGUUGGACAGAAGAUGCCUUUAUAUUCAAGCAAAGAUAAGUAUAUGGCAAAACCCAUUCAAGAACUAGACCUCUCUAACUGUGAGAGCUGCACACCCAGUUAUCGGCUUCUGCCGGAUAAUUAUCCAAUUCCUUUAGCAAGUCAGAGAACAGAGGUUGGUGCUGAAGUAUUGAAUGAUCAUUGGGUGUCCGUCACUUCAGGAAGUGAGGACUAUUCUUUUAAACACAUGCGCAAAAACCAGUAUGAAGAAAGCUUGUUCCGAUGUGAAGAUGACAGGUUUGAACUGGACAUGUUGUUAGAAUCUGUGAAUGCAACCACUAAAUGCGUUGAAGAACUACUCGACAAGAUCAAUGACAAUGCAAUUAAGCCAGACAGCCCGAUUUGUAUUGAAGACCAUUUUACAGCUCUGAAUUUAAGGUGCAUUGAACGUUUGUAUGGUGACCACGGACUUGAUGUGAUGGAUGUAUUAAGGAAGAAUGCACCUCUUGCCUUGCCAGUUAUAUUAACACGCUUGAAACAGAAACAAGAAGAGUGGGCAAGGUGUCGUUCUGAUUUUAAUAAAGUUUGGGCUGAAAUCUAUGCAAAGAACUAUCACAAAUCACUCGAUCAUCGUAGCUUCUAUUUCAAGCAACAGGACACGAAGAGCUUGAGCACUAAAGUAUUAUUGGCCGAGAUCAAAGAAAUCAGUGAAAACAAGCUCAAAGAGGAUGACAUGCUCCUAUCUAUUGCUGCUGGAAAUAGACGACCUAUCAUUCCAAACAUAGAGUUUGAGUAUCCUGAUUCAGACAUCCAUGAAGACUUGUAUCAACUAAUCAAAUAUUCCUGUGGGGAAGUUUGUACAACUGAACAGUUGGACAAAGUCAUGAAGAUUUGGAUGACCUUCCUGGAACCCAUGCUUGGUGUUCUUUCUCGGCCUCAGGGUACAGAAGACACUGAAGAUGUUAUGAAGGCUAAAGCUCAUGUUGCCAAAAGUGUGGCCACUAGUGUUGGAGAAAGUGAUGGCAGUCUUGUUGACAGCGCCGCUAUCCUUAAUUGUAAACAAUCAAAUGCUUCUGGAGAUGGAGAUGAGAAUACUCCACCUGAAAAUUCAAGUUCCUCCAGAGCAUGGUUACUAAAUAGGGAGAAUGGGGUUAAAGAGGAUGGUUCUCAUGAUACAGAUCAUGCUGUACGUAGUGGUAAUACGAGUAGUAUACCUCAACAUCAAAAGGUGCAGACGAAUGCUCAUGUGGCAGAUGAAACUUCUGGGGUCAGCAAACAAGCAACUGCUAAUGAACAACUAGCCAAUGCAAGUAUAUCACUUGCUGCGGGAGCAGAAGAAAGUCAUGAAAGAGUCAAUGGAGAAAAUACUUUAGGGCUUUGUGCUACUACUUCCGGACCUGGUAAUGCGGCUGUUAAGGGUGGGCUUGAGAGUAAACAGCAUAAUGAAAUUUUAUCUUCAACAGAGGGUGGUGAUUCUGUGAUACAAAUUUUAUCUUCAAAUGGGGCAAUGGCAAAGAGUAUCGGAGUUCAGAAAUAUCACGAAGAAUCUGUCGAGCACUUUAAAAUUAUUGAAAGAGAAGAGGGUGAAUUAUCUCCAAAUGGAGAUUUUGAGGAGGAUAAUUUUGCAGCAUAUGCAGAUGCUGGAGCAGAGGCUACAAAUAAAACGAAGGAUGGUUCCGUGAGCGGGCAAUAUCAAACCACAGAUGGAGAAGAACGUUGUUGUGGAGAGGCAGGAGGAGAAAAUUAUGCUGAUGCUGAUGACGAAGGUGAGGAAAGUGCGCAGAGGUCAUCAGAGGACAGUGAGAAUGCUUCAGAAAAUGGUAAUGGCUCAGGUAGUGAGUCUGCUGAUGGAGAAGAUUGCUCCAGAGAGGAGCAGGAAGAAGACGGAGACCAUGAUGAGAAUGAUAACAAAGCUGAGAGUGAAGGUGAGGCUGAAGGGACGGCUGAUGCCCAUGACGUUGACGGAGAUGGAAUAUUAUUGCCAUUUUCAGAGCGUUUUUUACAAACGGUGAAGCCUCUUACAAAGCAUGUUCCUCCAGCAUUACAUGACACAAAGAAGGACUCUCGGAUUUUCUAUGGAAAUGAUUCCUUCUAUGUGCUUUUUAGGCUUCAUCAGAUACUGUAUGAUAGAAUAAAAGAUGCAAAAUUUCAUUCCUCGUCUGCUGAAAUGAAAUGGAGGGCUUCAAAUGAUACAACGCCAAACGAUUCGUAUGCGAGGUUUAUGAAUGCACUUUACAGUCUACUGGAUGGUUCAUCUGAUAACACAAAGUUUGAGGACGACUGUCGAGCUAUUAUUGGGACUGCAUCAUAUGUUCUCUUCACAUUAGACAAGCUGAUAUUUAAACUUGUCAAACAGCUUCAAACAAUUGCAGCUGAUGAGAUGGACAACAAACUUCUCCAACUAUAUGCAUAUGAAAAAUCAAGGAAACCUGGGAAGUUUGUUGAUGUAGUUUAUCAUGAAAAUGCCCGUGUUAUUCUCCAUGAUGAGAAUAUAUAUCGGAUUGAAUGUUCAUCUGCACCAACUCAUUUAUCCAUCCAACUUAUGGACUAUGGGUAUGAUAAGCCUGAAGUGACUGCUGUUUCAAUGGACCCAAAUUUUGCAGCUUAUCUGAAUAACGACUUCCUCUCGGUUGUUCCUGAAAAAAAGGAGAAGCCUAGGAUUUUCUUGAGGAGAAAUAAACGCAAGUAUGCAUGUGGAGAUGAAAUUUCUCCUACAUGCGAGGCUAUGGGAGGACUAAGAGUUGUUAACGGUCUGGAGUGUAAAAUUGCUUGCAACUCGUCCAAGGUCUCUUACGUUUUGGAUACAGAAGACUUCUUGAUCCGGAUAAAAAAAAGGAGAUCCAUGCAUCAGUAUAUUUCAUGCCGUGACCUAGCAAACUGUUCAAAUGGUUAUUCAGUUAGAGUCCAAAGGUUUCGUAGCUUGCUGUCUCGUGCGUGAAAUGCAACUCUGCGACACCGGAAGUAGAUUUGACAUUUGAUAAGAAGGCGCUGCAAAUGGCGAAGUCUCAGUGCCGUAACUAGACCAACUCUCGUGGAAGUAUUAUUUCAUGCAUUUUAUUCCUUUUUGGUCUUCACCUAUCCAAUAAAGAAUGGAAGGGAUGUGAGUCAGGAAGACUGUAGCAUACUGGUGGCGGCAUUUUGAGCGCCAAUCGUGUAACAUAGAAGUAAUUUGUGAUGUAAAAAGACUUGUGUUCAGUCCAUGUCGCCUAUAUAUCUUUGCAAUCCUUUCGUGUAAGUUGUAACAUCUCUUUUUGUUAAAGAGGAAAAAAGAAACAUCUCUUUUUGUUACUUUCAAUUGUCCACAUUAACUUCUUCUUUUUUUUUCAUUACA